GGCCCAGCCGGGGGGGGCUGCAGCCGUGCUUUGCCCGCAGGCGAGGGCGAGGGGAUGGGGGGGGGCACCCGCCUGCCGCCCGUCCCACCCGCACCCGUCCCACGGGUGCCGAUUUGCCAGGGCGUGCGUGGAGCCAGCGGCAGGGUCCCCACCGUCCCGGCUGUUCCUCCAUCCGGGCGGGAAGCGGCUGUUUUCUGGCAGAGCCAGAAGCCGGUGGCCCGAGGAGGGAGGAAGGGGCCCCCCAGCUGCCCCCCGGGAGUUCUCGCCAUGUGCAGUGGCUGCGUUCCCAGGCUGAGCUCUCAUUUCCUAGCGGAAACAACCGCAUCCCCUUUCCCUUCGGAAGGGGAGCGAGCCCCCCAGCUCGCGCCUGCGGGUGGGCUGCUGUCAGCAGGGACAGGCCCGCGGGGUCGAGGCAUCCGGGAGGGAAGGAGAACCCUGAAAAACAUAAAAAGGCAGCAAAGGAGCUCCCUUAGCUCCUCCGCGGACUGACACGGUUUGCGAUGUUUGCACCGUGCCCCGUUUCACUCCCUUUUUUCCCCGUAAGGAAAGCACCGGGGCCGGACGCCUCACAGCAGCUGUAACGAGCUGCCCGAGGAGCCAAAUACCUGGGACGGGCAACUGCCAGCGUUAAGUAUUUCUGCUGCCCCGGGGCAGGCAGACGAGGCUCUGGUGGGUGGCUGAUUACAGGGAUGAUGAGCCAAGGGCCCGCAGGCAGGAGGCAGCCCGGGCAGGGCCCGGGGCAUGCCGACCCCCCAGCCCCCAGCGGUGGUGCCCACCUCGGGCUCGCAGGGCGGACACGCGUGUGGGUUUUGCAGCCUCUCUCCCUUCUGUUGGCAAAGCCCCCUCAUUGAGCAAGAGCAGCCUGACGGGAUUUCCAUGAGCAAACUUCCUGCGGGGAACAAAGGGCAGCAGGACGGCGUUCCCCGGCCAGCUGGUGCUCCAGCAAACUCCCGGGGGGACCGGGACCGCCGGCAGCGGGCAGGGGCAGGAAGGCGAGCUCAGGCUGAGCGAGGCGAUGGCAGCCACGGUGACGGACUCCGGCGGCGUGAGGAUCAUCACGGAGGUCAUCCCGGCCACGGACCCGCGUGCGGCCCAGCUGGCCUCCGGCUCCGUCCCACCCGCGCCCGCCGUGUCCUCGUUCCAAGUCAGGGGCUUCAGAAAGGCACAGCCCAAAUUGCUGGGGACCAUCCACAUCGUCACCGGCAUCAUUCACUUCUGCCUCGGGAUCAUCCUGACUGCGGCAGAGCACAGGGCCUUUUCCCUCCCUGUGGCCAGCGGGAUCCUCUUCUGGCUCGGGGUCCUGCUCCUGGUCUCAGGCUCUCUCCUAGUGGAAAGUGACAAAAGAGAGAACAUCCUGCUGGUGAAGGCCUGCUGCGUCGUCAACGCCGGGGUCGUCCUCAGCACCCUGGUGGCCACCCUCAUCCACGCCACGGCCAUCACUCGCAGCAUCCCCGGCUGCGACGGCGGCCCGCUCUACCAGCCGAGGCAGGAGUGGUGCUUCAACGCCAACACCAAGGUACAGCCGGGGGCCGCGGGGCGCCUGGGGGGGGACACCGGGAGCUGGCGGCGGGCGAGCCGCCAGCCCCCGGGGCCCCGCUGCCGGCAGGUGCUGAGCAACGGGCUGGACGCCGUGGCGGUGCUCUUCUGCCUGCUCGAGUUCUGCGCGGCGGUGGCGGCGCUGGCCUUCGGCUGCUCGGCCGUCAGGCGGCACAGCUACACGCGCAUGGCGCUGUAACGGAACCGGGCACGGCCCCGCCGCCGCACGGGCCCCACGGACCAGGCCCGGGCCCCACGGACCAGGCCCGGGUCCCGAAGCCUCAGCGGAAGCCCCCCCCGCGGGACCCCCAAUAAACGCCUCCCCCCCCCCGGCCGCGGCCUCGCGUCUCUCCGUGCCCGCAGGGGUCGGGAGGGGGGCGAGCGCCGGGACGGGGGCGAGCGCCGGGACGGGGGAGAGGGUGAAGCCGCUGCCCGGCACAAACAUGGCGGCCGCUGCCCGGCACAAACAUGGCGGGGCGUGCGGGG